AUGCCAUCUGGAUUUGGUGGGCAGCAACAACCACAACAACCAGGCAGGACAGUAUCGAAUCGGAUACCCAACGGCAAGCUAGCAAAUAACGCCAGUGGUUGGGCUUUUGGUGGAAAUGUGCCCAUGAGCGGUGCAGGCCUUCAAAAUUCCGCGAGACCAUUGGGAGGAAACCUUAGCUUCGCACAAAGCCUGAGCGGAUCUCAACCAGCAACACCACUCGAUUUAUCGGAAUUUCCAUCUUUGUCGAACAAUCCUCAAAAUCCGUCCGCUAAUCAAUCGUCCUUAUGGUCGACCAGUGGAAGCAGGAACGUGGGGCCGAUUCAGAGAAACCAGUCCACUCCUCUUUCAUCCCAACCAAGUCAACCAGACGACAUGUUCUCUUCAUCUGCGCGCAUCGCCUCCAAUCAGGGCUCGUUCCGGUUUGGCGGCCAGGGCAAUGCCGGACAAGCAUCGCAGCCUCAACCAGGCAGCAUCGACGACUUUCCGCCGCUCAACAACAGCAACGGGGGAUUCCGCAAUGGUAACGGCGAGAUUGGGCAGGAGCGAGGUUCCAACCUCAUGUCACAGCUUGGUUUUGGAGCCCAGUCCAGUCCUGCGCCUUCAAUCUCCGGUAACAGAGCUGGUAAUGGCCUCCUCAGUGCCCUUUCCGCCAAUACUCGAUCAAACGAUACACGAUCCCCCGAUGCCGGCGCUCCUGGUUCUUCACGGGGUCAGGACAUCAGAAGCGCCAUGAGUGGCCACGAGCCUCGACAAAAGCCCCCGGGCUUCCGCCAAGAUAGUGUAGCGUCGCCCACAUCUGCACAAGACACAUCCGAAGGUCGCGCGUCGUUAGGCGCCAUUGGCAACGAGGUGCCUACUGCCAAGGACAGUGACGAAAAGGAGAGUCAGUCUCCGGUGACGCAUGACCCCUUAUCUGGCAUGUCUCCUGUCGACAAAUGGGGCAUCAAAGGCCUACGGACGCUGAUGAACAACUACUCGGAUUAUACGAGUGCUGUCACGGGCGUGGAUCCAAACCACUUUGGUCUCAAUCUGCAAUCCAAUGAGCCAAUCUCGACGCAAAUCUAUUCCCUUUUCAACGACACGCCACCACGGCCAGCCAUUCCGAAUUUUAAAUUGCCAGAGUGUUAUAACGUGACUAAUGUUCAGCCUUUGGAGAACAAAAUUCAAAGUUUCAACGAGGAGACGUUGAUGUGGAUUUUCUACAGCUGCCCUGGCGAUGUCAAGCAACAGUUGGCGGCAGCAGAGCUGAACAACCGCAACUGGAGAUGGCAUAAGAGGCUCCAGAUCUGGCUGACAAAGGACGACUCCAUGACGCCUCGUUCGCUGAGCCCACAACACGAGCAAGGAUACUACAUUGUGUGGGACACCAGUGUCUGGAGCAAAGUGCGGAAGGAAUUGAUCCUCGUUUAUGCAGAGCUAGAGACUGCCAACAGCACAGCAUAA